GUCAAUACUCAAUAUUAUACAUUUUAUUCCCUGUCGAUUAACGUUUUGUGAAAUUAAUAUUUGUAAAUUGAAUGUAAUUUGUAGUAGUUUUCGGGUUGUAAUUUCUUUUUGGAUAAUGUUCAUAUGUAUUUGUGUUAGUCAGGCGUAAAUUGAUUAGGCGAAACUAUACACCUGCAAUUAUUAAGUGUAUUUUAUAAUGUGUAUCAUUGAUUUCUAGAAAUUUCUUGAAGUUCAGUUAUUAAAAUUUAAACACAAUGGGUAAAAAAGCUCCAAAAAUGAAAAGCAUUACCAAAAGCAAGACGAAGACUCACAAGCAGAAGGUUAAAUCUCAUAAGAAAAAUAAGAACAUUUCAAAACAGAAGUAUCGAACAAAACAACGGUCAGAGAGUCAAGACAAAUUAAAAAAACCGGAGGCACCUCUUACUGACUAUUUGACACACAAGUCAAAUUACAUUGCUGUCCGAUUUAUAUUUGAAUGCGGUAUUAAACUGGGUCUUAAACAUAUAACUAUAUGCUCAGCAGCAGUUUACUUCCAUAAGUUUUAUAAACAUGUUGAUGAAACCGCUUAUGACAAUUAUUCUAUAGCUAGUGCAACUUUAUACCUGGCUAGUAAAGUUCAAGAUGAAACCAUCAGACUUCGAGAUUUGAUAAAUGUGUGUUACCACACAUUACACAGGGAUGCAGCUCCGUUGCGCUUAGCUGAAGAUUAUUGGAACUUCCGAGAUUCCAUUGUGCACGCUGAAAUGUUAAUCAUGAGAAUAGUACAAUUUGACACAACUUUUGAUCAUCCACAUCAUUAUUUUUUGCACUACGUUCAGACUCUAAGACCAGUUUUCUAUUCAAAACAUGGCAAGGACAUCAUUGUAUUCAAGAAAGCAUAUGAUUUCUUACAUGAUUUUUAUCAUAGUAGUGAUAUUCUUCAGUUUAAGGCACAGCAUAUUGCAAUUGCUUGUAUUGAACUAGCGAUCAAAGUUUAUGGCAUUCCUUCUCAAAUAAUUGAUUAUGAAAUUAAAUCUUGGUAUCAGGCACUGGUUGAAGAUUUGGACAAGGAUACACUUUGGAAUGUUAUGGCAGCGAUCAUGGACACAUACGAUCUCGAGUUAACUACCAACUAAAUGCAAUACUAUUCCUUUUAAUUUGUGUUUGUAUUUUGUUUAAAUUUUAUUAAUAAUAAUUCUUAUAAAAAGAAAAAAUAAAUAAUUAUAAAAAAAAAUCCGAUGUAACAGUUUUUUUUGUAUCCCACCAUUUUUUUUUUAAAUUCCUAUAUAUUGUAUAACCACAUACAAACAUUAGAAAAACCUAAUAAACUUAAAUAUUUAUAAA